CGCCAAGUUCUCAUGGGAUUCCCAGUGGGCUACACGGAGCUUCUCUUCCCAAAACUCCUCCUUCACCUCUUCUCCCUCUUUGUUCUCAUCAGAAAACUCAUUUCCACCCUUUUCGGCUUCAUGGGCCUCCACCAUUUCCUCGAACCCGACAUUACCUGGCCCGAAAGUUCGACCCGGAUACCCGAAUUCGAGUCGGUGUCUGCAAUCUUAAUAAGGGAAAUUCUUCCGGUGGUGAAGUUCGGGGAGCUGGUGGACCCACCCGAGAGUUGCGCUGUGUGUUUGAGUGAGUUCGAGGAAAACGAUGAGAUCAGACGGUUGGCAAAUUGUCGACACAUAUUCCAUCGAGGGUGUUUGGACCGUUGGAUGGGGUACGAUCAGAGAACGUGCCCCUUGUGCCGAACACCCUUUGUACCCGAAGAUAUGCAAGCUCUUUUUAAUCAAAGACUUUGGGCUGCUUCUGGGAUCCCCGAAUUCUACUUACAAUAUCCUCAUGUUGCUUAAUUUACUUCUUUUGGGGAUGUUCCAUUUAAGUGGGUUUUUCUUCUUCUUUUCUUGCAUUUUUUU